GGCGGGCGCAUGCAUGCAUCCAGGGGGGAAUCUUUCUCGGGGAGCAGACAGAGCAGCUCUGCCAUUGCGUGCCAUCCGCUGCCCCCAACCCAGCUUGGGGCAGGGGGCACAGCGCGCUGGGCAUCCCUCCGAUUGGAAGAGCCGUCCCUUUUCACCCCCUCCCCCCUGCUGCCACCACCAUCUCUGUCUUGGUUCCUGAACGAUUCUUUCAUCCCCCAUGUAUGACGACUCCUGUCUCCAUGGAUUCGAAGACUCCGAGGUGGGCUCUGCUGAUUCGUACACCAGCCGCCCAUCACUGGACUCCGACGUGUCGCUUGAGGAGGAGCGCGAGGGGGUGAAACGCGAAGUGGAGAACCAGGCUCAACAGCAACUUGAGAAAGCCAAGAACAAGCCAGUCGCAUUUGCUGUUCGUACCAAUGUCAGCUACUGUGGGACGCUGGACGAGGAAUGUCCUGUGCGCGACUCUGCCAUCAACUUUGAAGCCAAAGACUUCUUGCACAUCAAAGAGAAGUACAGCAAUGACUGGUGGAUCGGGCGGCUAGUGAAGGAGGGGGGAGACAUCGCUUUCAUCCCCAGCCCACAGCGGCUGGAAGCCAUUCGGCUGAAGCAGGAGCAGAAAGCCAGGCAUUCUGGUAAUCCCGCCAUCAGCAACAGGCGAUCGCCUCCCCCAUCACUAGCCAAACAGAAGCAAAAGCAGACAGAGCACAUUCCACCUUACGAUGUCGUGCCCUCCAUGAGGCCGGUGGUGCUGGUGGGACCAUCCCUGAAAGGAUAUGAGGUGACAGACAUGAUGCAGAAAGCUCUCUUUGACUUUCUCAAGCACAGAUUCGAUGGCAGAAUCUCCAUCACACGCGUCACAGCUGACUUGUCACUGGCCAAGCGCUCAGUGCUGAACAACCCAGGCAAGCGGGCCAUCAUUGAGCGAUCCACGACCCGGUCCAGUAUUGCUGAAGUCCAGAGCGAGAUUGAGCGGAUUUUUGAACUGGCCAAGUCGCUGCAGCUGGUUGUGUUGGAUGCUGACACCAUCAACCACCCAGCACAACUGGCCAAAACUUCGCUGGCCCCAAUCAUCGUUUACGUCAAGGUCUCUUCCCCAAAGGUGCUGCAGAGGCUUAUCAAGUCCAGAGGGAAGUCACAAGUGAAGCAUCUCAACGUGCAGAUGAUGGCAGCUGACAAGCUUGUGCAGUGUCCUCCAGAACUCUUUGAUGUGAUCCUGGACGAGAACCAGCUGGAGGAUGCUUGCGAACACCUGGCAGACUACCUGGAAGUAUACUGGCGGGCAACUCACCACCCUGCGCAUGCUGCCGGUGGCCAAAACCUCACCACACCUUCGACCGCCAUUUCAGGCCUGCAGAACCAGGCCUCGCUGGGUGAGAGUGGCAACGAACGUUCCCCGGUGGAGCACGACGGCCUGAUGCAGUCAGACGAGGCGAGCGACGCCUCCCGCAAGACUUGGACGGCGGCCUCUCAGCGCAGCUCCCGUCACCUGGAGGAAGAAUACUCGGAUGCCUACACCGACCUGUACCAGCCUCACCGCAACCACAACAGCGGCCUCCACAGCACCAACGGCCAUGACUCCCAGGACCGCCUCCUGGAGCGCGAGACAGAGCACAACCACAACGAGAGGAACUGGCAGCGCAACCGGCCCUGGGCUAAGGACAGCUACUGAGGCCUCCUGGCCGGGCAGCCAGGGAAAUGGGACAAGGCCUCCUUCUCCUCCCGAGUCACAUCAAUUGCCUGGUAUUAAGCCUUCCUCUCUCCCUCCCCUCCUAGCUCAGCCCCACAGUAUACAGGUGCUGCCCUGGUAUACAGGUGCUAUCCAUGGAACCCCAGACACAGCCGCAGCUGCCUGAUUCCUAUACCCAGGAUGGGUGGAAUCUCUUGCCCACCUUUGCUUUGGCUUAAUGAGGGCCACAAUAACGCCCUUGCAGGGUAAAUUCCAUUGGUAGCUUCUCAUCCCAGGUCCAUUGUUUUUGGGGGGAGGGAUUUGGGCUUAGCACAUCUCCAGGAGAGAGGCAUUUGCGUGUGUGUGCACGCAAAAGGGGGUGGGGGUGGAGAAAGGGCUGCGAUUCUUUUUCUGGCUCCAGGUGAGCAGGGCUACUGUUAGGACAAAGGAGGCUUAGCAGGGAGCGAAGUUUUCCUGGUAAGAUGGAGUAGAUGGAUUACAAGCGGAAAGACAAGACUGUGGGAUUUUGCUGAGAGGACUUGGGCAUCGUUCUCAUGCUUUGCUGUAGGCCAGUUCAGAAGUAAUACAGUUGAGGUUGCUGAGGAACACGAAUGUCUGCUGUGGGAAUGGGUGUGGUCUGUGAGUAGAUUUUCGGAUUUGCAGUUACAGAGGGUGAAAGCAUGAGAUGUGAGCUUUGUGGCAUUGGCGACUGUUUGUGCAUAUGCAGCAGUUGGGGUGUGUGUGUCCAACUGUCCCCUGGGCUGAACCACUUCAAGUUGCAGGGGUAGAGGAAUUGCAUAGUUAAACAUAAUGGAAAGGAAUUUCCCUCAUAUAGAAAAUUAGUGUGGAGAAGGCUAGACUUCAUGUUUAGUUUCUGUAUGCAGGGAGAUAUAUGUUUUCAACAAUGUGAUUCCCUUACCUGUAGCUUAAAGUAGCAGUCUAGAAACAGUUCUUCCAUCUUUUCCUCCUCUUCCAUUCAUGGCAGUGGAAAAAAUGUGGCAUAAUCCACGAGGUGAAUGUGAAAUGCAGUCAUAGAGGCCACCCCACAGUAGCUUUUCCACCUGGAGAUAUUCUCCUGAUAAGGGGAGGUGCUUGUUUUUUCAGCAUCAUCACCACUCACAGGCGUGGCUAAGGCCAAUAGGAGAGGCCUACAUGGCCUUUGCCUGACAUUGCUCCUGUGAGCACCAUGAGCAAAGUCAUGCUCCAAUGUAACCGGAAGAAGUGCCCCAAAUUCCUUCCUCCUCUUCUUCUCUCCCAGUUUGGCUUCUGUGAAGUGGAAGCCCUCCUGAUUCCUAGGAGCCUGAGAGGUAAACUGCACAUAUUACACAAACAUGUGUAAUAAAGUCCUGAUAUGGUAGAAUCAUGUCUUGCACAUGGGUUAAUUUCCAGGUGGUAGCACAUAAAGCCGAAAUUGUGUCUUGUCAAAACAACUCCCUGGAAACACCAUCAUGCAAGCAAUUUUACCUUCAGGAGACAGUGCGAGAUCUUGGGGGCCGUCCAGGAUAUCACAAGACCUUCUCAGACCCCAGUGAGAGUCUGAGAACUUAAAAGCAUUUUGCCUUUUGUGCAUUUAAUUUGUACGAUAUCAGCUGGCCAGUUGCCAAGUGCAUAAAGCUGCGAUCGCUCAAGUUAAAUAUGUGUAAGUUGCAACCCUACUGCACUUCAUAUAUAAUAUAUGGAGAUUUGGGAGGGUAUGAUUUUGGAUAGCAGAGCAGCAGGUUUGCGUAAUCAUUUGCAAGUUGGCUGCACUCAAAAUGCUCUCCCAGCUGCUCUCCCAGUGAUGGGGGUUCCAGAUCCACAGGAGAUAGAUGGAGGGGGCAGGUGGAGGAAGCAUGUUUUUUUGGGGGGGGAGAGGAGAGUGCAAUUUUGUUGCUGAAAAAGUUGCUGCCUCCUGAGACCAGAGGAUAUAAUAUUCAACUUGUUCCCUGGCACAGAAGAGAAGCCUGUAAUGAACGAGCAAUGCAUCACCUUAGAUCCACAGUCCAGGCAUCUGCUUGCAUUUGACCCCCUCACUCUUCCCUUCACAGAGGCUCUUUGUCUCCUUUCAGUGCACAGCCACCCCUCCUCUGUCGAGGAGCUGGUGGGAUAACAAUCAGUUGUAAAGCCACAAUGUGAUAAUUUUUUAUUCUUCUUCUUCAACCUUCCUGGAGUUCUCUGCUCUAAUUGCAUGAGGCCUUGAUCUUCCAUCGUCUGUCUGGGAGGGGUGGGCCAGUACCAGCCAGCGCUGCUGCUUGGCAGGGAUGCCCACCUGCAUCACUCACAGGUUCUGUUUUGAGGAGCCUCCCUAGGCAUAGGGCUAGAGCCAACCCCACCCCACCCCUUCCUGCUUCCUAUCUCAUGCACAAGCCCCCCUUCCUACCCCAAAGGCCCAGCUGACCUGCCUUCGGUUCUCCCGCCGCCCCUUGCUCCAGGCUCCUCAAGCCCUUCACUGGGUAGUGAGUGGCAGCUCCCUGCCUUUCAAAACCACGUACACACCUAUCAGAAAUCAGCCUGUAAAUACUGCAUGCUACCAUCGGGGAGUUGUUUCAAGUGUGUGUCCUACGCCCUGGGCUGGCUGGAGGAACUGAGGCGGCUCCAGGGGCCAGGAAUAUCCAGGUUCUGUCCCUGCAAUUGCCG